CAUAACGUAUUUAUUUUCCCUCACUUUUUUUUUUGUUUUUUUUCUCUCUCUCUCUCUUUCUCAACUUUUUCUAACGAAAUGGCUACUGAUUCAAACAAGUUUGUGAUUGAUUUUCUUAUGGGUGGUGUCUCCGCUGCCGUCUCAAAGACCGCUGCUGCUCCUAUUGAGCGUAUCAAACUUUUGAUUCAAAAUCAAGAUGAAAUGAUCAAACAAGGUCGUCUCUCUCAUCCUUACAAGGGUAUUGGUGAUUGCUUCACUCGUACAGUCAAGGAUGAAGGCCUCAUUUCCAUGUGGAGAGGUAACACGGCCAAUGUCAUUCGUUACUUCCCCACGCAAGCCUUGAACUUUGCCUUUAAGGACAAAUUCAAGCGUAUGUUUAACAGAAACAAGAAGGAUGGUUACUGGGCUUGGUUUGCUGGUAACUUGGCUUCUGGUGGUCUUGCUGGUGCUUCUUCUCUCUUGUUUGUCUAUUCUUUGGACUAUGCUCGUACUCGUCUUGCCAAUGAUGCCAAAUCUGCUAAAAAGGGUGGUGAACGUCAAUUCAAUGGUUUGGUUGAUGUCUACAGAAAGACAUUAGCUUCUGAUGGUAUUGCUGGUCUUUAUCGUGGUUUCAACAUUUCUUGUAUUGGUAUCAUUGUUUAUCGUGGUCUUUAUUUUGGUAUGUACGAUUCCAUCAAACCCGUCAUGCCUGAAAACCUUCAGAGCUCUUUCUUGGCUACAUUCUUGCUUGGUUGGGCUGUUACCACCGGUGCUGGUCUGGCUUCUUACCCUAUUGAUACGAUCCGUCGUCGUAUGAUGAUGACUUCUGGUGCUGCUGUCAAAUAUGAUUCUUCUCUUCACGCUUUCCGUGAAAUCAUGGCUAAAGAAGGUGCCAAGUCUCUCUUUAAGGGUGCUGGUGCCAACAUUCUUCGUGCUAUUGCUGGUGCUGGUGUCUUGUCUGGUUAUGAUCAACUCCAACUCAUUCUCUUUGGUAAGAAAUUCUCAGGUGGAUCUGGUUAAAGCCU